AUGCCUGGCUCCGGCCCGUCCGGCUUCGGCUUCGACUCGGGGCUCGAGAUCAAAACGCGCUCGGUGGAGCAGACGCUGCUCCCGCUGGUCUCCCAGAUUACCACGCUUAUUAAUCACAAAGAUAAUACCAAAAAGUCUGAUAAAACCCUGCAAGCAAUUCAGCGUGUAGGACAAGCCGUCAACUUGGCAGUUGGAAGAUUUGUUAAAGUAGGGGAAGCUAUAGCCAAUGAAAACUGGGAUUUGAAAGAAGAAAUAACUAUUGCCUGUAUUGAAGCUAAACAAGCAGGAGAAACGAUUGCAGCCCUUACAGAUGUAAGCACCCCGCAUCACCUCGAAUCUGGUGGCCAGAUCACCAUUUUUACGGACAAAACGGGAGUUAUAAAGGCUGCGAGAUUACUCCUUUCUUCAGUGACAAAAGUGUUGCUGCUGGCAGACCGGGUGGUCAUUAAGCAGAUAAUAACUUCGAGAAAUAAGGUUCUUGCAACUAUGGAGAGACUGGAGAAAGUGAAUAGCUUUCAAGAGUUCGUCCAGAUAUUCAGUCAGUUUGGAAAUGAAAUGGUGGAGUUUGCACACCUGACUGGAGAUAGACAAAAUGAUCUGAAAGAUGAAAAGAAAAAGGCCAAAAUGGCAGCAGCGAGGGCAGUUCUUGAAAAAUGUACGAUGAUGCUUCUCACAGCUUCAAAAACAUGUCUCAGGCAUCCCAACUGUGAAUCGGCCCAUAAAAACAAAGAAGGGGUAUUCGACCGAAUGAAAGUGGCCCUGGAUAAGGUCAUUGAAAUUGUGACUGACUGCAAGCCCAACGGAGAGACUGACGUUGCAGCCAUCAGUAUUUUUACCGGAAUUAAAGAAUUCAAGAUGAAUAUAGAAGCUCUCCGGGAGAACCUUUAUUUUCAGUCGAAGGAGAAUCUCUCUGCGACGUUGGAAGCCGUCCUGGAGCGCACGGAGGACUUCACCGAUUCCGCCUACACCAGCCACGAGCACCGGGAGCGCAUCCUGGACCUGGCGGCCCACGCACGGGCCGAGCUCCAGCAGCUCGCCUCCGUGUGGAUGCACGCUCAAAGCAAGAGAACAAAAAGCAUCGCUGAAGAGCUGGAACUCAGUAUAUUGAAAAUCAGUCAUGGCCUCAAUGAACUUAAGAAAGAACUUCACAGCACAGCAACGCAGCUGGCAGCCGAUCUGUUAAAAUACCAUGCUGACCACGUGGUUCUGAAAGCGUUAAAACUUACGGGAGUGGAAGGCAAUUUAGAAAGGUUGGCUGAGUAUGCCUGUAAAUUCUCAGAACAGAAAGAGCAGCUUGUCGAGACCUGCCGGUUGUUGCGCCAUGUAUCUGGGACAGAGCCUCUCGAAAUAACCUGCGUCCAUGCAGAAGAGACUUUUCAGGUGACUGGCCAGCAGAUAAUUUCUGCUGCUGAAACAUUGACAUUGCAUCCAUCUAGUAAAAUUGCUAAAGAAAACCUAGAUGUAUUUUGUGAAGCAUGGGAAUCCCAAAUUAGUGACAUGUCAACGUUGCUAAGAGAAAUCAAUGAUGUGUUUGAAGGAAAACGAGGAGAGAAGUAUGGCUACCUUUCACUUCCCAAGCCCCUGAAGAAUAAUGGAAACCUGAAAUCAUUAAAGCCAGAGAAGUCUGACUCUGAGGAGAAAGCCAAGAUUGCAAAGCUUGGACUUAAGCUGGGUUUGCUCACCUCCGAUGCCAACUGCGAGAUUGAGAAGUGGGAGAAUCAGGAGAAUGAGAUUGUUCGAUAUGGGCGGAACAUGUCCAAGAUGGCCUAUUCUGUAUAUUUAUUUACUAGGGGAGAGGGGCCACUGAAAACUUCCCAGGAUUUAAUUCAUCAAUUAGAGGUUUUCGCUGAAGAGGGCUUAAAGGUUGCUUCAAGUGCACAAGCUUUCUCAAAACAGCUGAAAGAUGACGACAAGCUUAUGCUUCUCCUGGAAAUAAACAAGCUAAUCCCUCUAUGCCACCAGCUCCAGACAAUAACCAAGACACCUGUGCAGAAUCAAGGGCUUCUGAAGGUUGAUAAAUGUAUUACAAAGACAAGAUCGAUGAUGGCUAUUUUGGUUCAGCUUCUCUCACUUUGCUUUAAACUACUGAAGAAGCUUAUCAUCUAG